AUGUUUCGGUCGCAAGGCAACUCGACCGAUCAGAUGGGUGAUGCCGACCGUGAGUUGGCAGAGACGGAAGCCCGCAACCUGAUGCCGCCGCCUCCUGUGCCUCCUCAACAUCCUCUUCCUACUCAUCCCCCUCUCCCUAUCCCUCCGUGGCGCACUGUUUCCCCUCUGAUUCGACUGCCUGGUCCGGAUGAGCUGGCGUCGCCAUUCGCCAAUCCAGUCUGGUAUCCAGAACCGCCUCUUCCUGCGUGGCACUCCAAUCACGUCCCUGCAACCACUCAUCAUGGACUUCUACGGCACUCGAGCAGCUCAACACCCGAGCCUCGCUCUCCUCGCACCUAUGGGGAUUUUAUCCCUGUCCACCGGUUUGGAACCUCGCCUCCCGAGCUGCCACUGGAGCAACUGCCGCAUGCCGGUGUUGCCGCUCCUAAUACUUCGUCGCGGGAUCCGGCUGUCCUUGCACGUAAUGUAUUAACCACUUUCUUCGGAGUCGAGCCUGCCGGGCCGCCUGGCCCUCGCGAACCCAGCACUAGUGUGAUGCUUGGUUCCUUGACCCCUAUCGAUCCGCAGCUGAUGCUGACGACCCCGAUGAUUGGCGACAUGCCCUACACUCCAAGCAAUUUGCCCAACCCGUACACGACGGUGCCUGCUUCAUAUGCUGCUCCUGUCACUGGCGCCGAAACACAGCUUCAAGGAGCGCUUACCGAAGCAGCCACUUCGCAGAUGCCUGUCCAGCAUGUGCAGAAUUCGCCUUCGUAUCCAAAUACCCCCCAAAGAUCGCAGCCGUCUUUAAAUACUGUCCAGGGAAUGCACCCAAUGCCGGUCGAGCGUGAAUAUGCACUCCAGUCAUGGCUCGUCCGCCAGCAGCUGCUCGCGGGCAUCCCGAUUGAUCAUCUCGAACCAAUGCAAGGCCCCCGUUCCCGACAGCAACAGGUGUCGCCUUCGGGCAUUCAUACUCGGUACCGGACCCCGGCGCUUCUCAUGAUUACUGAAGACGGAAUUCAAAUUCCACGCCUUCCACUUGCUCAAUUCCAAGGCACGCUUCAACCGCUGCCUGAUCUCCCGGGCCCCCAUGGCAAUCAGAUCCCAGCACUUCCCGCUCUGCCACCGCCCGUGCAUACUGGAAAUGGGGACGUAAUUUCUCGAGCCCAACCACUUGCAGUUCUUCCCGAGGAAUUGUAUCCACCUUCUGGAGUGGUGCCGCCGCGGAACUCUCUCGAGACUUUUUCGAACAGCAAUGCCCGUUUCUCGCCGGUCCAAGGUACUUCCUCGCUAUACGUACCAGCCGUUCCGCCCCCCAGCCAGGCCAGUAACGCUCCAGAUGACAAUGGUGGCGCCGAACCAUAUGACGAUGAAAUGGAACUUGAAACACCGGGAAAUUGGCAUUUUCAACCCAUCUAUGAAAACAAUGGCUUUUACGGCUACGAUGGAGCUGGCAAUGCCCCUGAUGCUUCACCGGGAGUGGAUGACGACCUUACCGUGGAACAGAUUGCGUUUGCUGCUAUGCGCUUGUCUCCUUUCCGGCUGUCUCCCUUGCCAGAGACUGACAAGGGUCAUGGCGAAGAUCCACCUAACAGCCUUGGAGAAAAGGAUGAUUGGUUUGUUAUGCAAGAUUCUUCAGAAACUGGUGGAGAAUCGUCUUCGUCUGCCAUCAAGGGCAAACAGCAUCAACGAUACUGCCCACGACAGGACGCAGAUCCAUUUAUCAUUGACAAUGUGUUUGGUCGCUUCGGAAACUUCCUAAUCAAGCCCGGCUCUCCGCAGCAGCCACUCUUCAACAAUUCAGAUGAUGAGCGUCUUGCAAAUGCUGAGAUUGCGGCUAUCUUCAGUGAUGCUGACACCGAGGAAUUGAAAUCUAAUUCUAGCGGACGUGGCAGAUGCUCCGUCUUCGGAGACACCCAGUUUUCCGUCUCGGACGUCGAGCCCGAUUUCCCUCAACCAUUCAGCCUGGCUAGGGCUUUUACACAACGGCCGGAGGUUUUCACCGAGGUGAUUGAUUACCUCAAUAUGUUUGAUAUCUUCCAGCUUCAGGGUAUCCACAAGACGAUCGAUCGACUGAUCUUGUACGCGAUGCCGCAGAUUCUGCGCAACUAUUUGCCCGCUCAUGAUCGCUUUGUGGCGCGACUGUUUCCAUACGAGAACUUCGUGAGUCUCCGCACAGGUGUCAAGCUUCAUUGGCCUGCAACAGCGAAUAUCGCUCCUGAUGGCAUGGUCAUGCGUCUUGAGCCGAAACUCAACUGGAUUGUCUGGCUUAAAAUCCGCUUAGAUAUGGCAAAGGAAAUCUUUGCAUAUGCAAACCGAGUGGAGAACCUCCUGCCUUCUCGAGGUCUUCGCGUGCUGCUCAAGAUGUGGCACAUUAUGGAGAUCCCGGACAAUUUUAUGCGCAUGUGGAUCAUCAAGCACAAGCAGUUGUGGCCAAACAAGGAUCUGCGCCUCGCAGUCCGAAUCAUGAAGGUCCUUGGCACCCUGAUCAUUCGACGGAAUCCACCCUGGCAAGCCACCCUCAAGAGACUGCCUCGCGUUUUCUGGUACCAGAAGGAUUUGAGCUUUUUGUACCACUACUUGAUCAAUGACGCUCCCAACGAGUGGCAGCAGUUCCUGCCCUACGCCGUGCGCACGAUGACCGCGCAAGAGUUCAACAAUCAUGACCCGCCUAUUCACGGCGCAUUUGACGUCAACACAGUCGGUGAACUCCGCGUGGAGUUCUGGUCCAAGCUUACCCACCACCCAAUGUCGAGUUUCCAGGCCGCCCAAGUGUUGUACAAGGACUUGGAUUUUAAGGGUGAGAUCCGGUCCCUAAUCCCUAUCGACUACCUCAUCGAGAGUGAGAUGGACAGUCGCGAUCUCGACUGGGACGCGCCCGUUUUCUACCCAGGCGUCAAUGCUUCUCAUCCCGGUGAUCAGUUGAUCUGGUGGAACGAGUGGUGGCAGGAGUUCUGGACUCCCUGGCUGCAUGUCAUAAGGUCGUCGUGA